AUGAUUCCACUGAUAAUACUGGGUAUAUUCGGCAAUAUCAAUGUCAUCAUUGCUACGACGCAUCAACGAAAUUUGCAUAGUCAUAAUACCAUGCUGAUCGCCAUCAUUGCUGUUUUCGAUCUGGCAGUAAAUCCAUGCGAUCCGCCAUUAGCACUUGUGCCAAGGCUUAGUUUCGCAUGGACAAGCACGUGUACUGUAUUGCAGCUGCUCAUUUUGAUACUGAACAUUGUUAUUGUUAUCAAGCUGUUCUGCAACAGCAAAUUUGGUAAUUUAAAGAACCAGGGUUUUCAUCGUAAUAGACAGAGGAUGACGCUGACCCUGACGUUGAUGACCGCUCUUUAUGCAGUGUCCAUGGUCACGGCUACACUUCUCAUAUUCAUCACCAAAAAUUUGCCCAUCUCACCUACCUUACAGGAUUUCAAAUAUAGAAACUGUUCGAAGAAUAAAGAAAUAAAACAAUUUUAUGUCACAAGCACGAUAACUGUCGAGGAUAAAAAUCAAAAUCAAUCACUUCCCUUGUCGGCCUUAUCGAAAAAAGGCAAUUUUAGAAAGCCGGAAGAGCAAAAGCCUCAGCUUACAGGAUUUCCUGAGGCGAAGGAGGAGGUUAACUUAUACCAGACAGUUGCAAAAUCUAACAAAACUCACACUGCAGCCAAAUCGAUGCCAAGCCACUGCAUAUCGGCGAUGAGUUUGUUGAAACUCUGCCGUAUAACGUUGCAGAAAACGACGAAGAAAAUGGCACAAAUCAUGAGGGAUGACUGA